GGGGGGGUUGUGUGUGUGUCUCCCAAUGGUGUGUGAGUGUGUGUUUGCGUGUGUCUGUCCAUCUCCCAAGGGAACAGAGCACUGCUGAGUUCAGGCUGAUUAUUAGCUCGUGGACUGUUAGCAAAAUACAGUCACAAGAAGGCUGUGUGCUGAUUUGUCUUUUGCGGUGACAUCAUGUUGCUCAUGUUUUAUGUUUUUCAGAGUUCAUUAGUUUCUAUUUGUUCUCAGUUAAUAUCUAGCUCCAGAGAUUGUGUAAGUAGAAUACCCCCAAACUGAAAAUCACCUAGGGAAAAUAUAGGAAACAUAUGUCACCCAUUUAAACUAUAGUUGAAAACGUGUACACUUUAGUUUCCUGUAGCCAACACUGGAUCAUGGGUAAGGGCACAGAAUCCCAGGGUUGGACUGCCUGGGUUCAAGUUCCAACUUAGCCACUUGCUGGCUGUGAAAUACUUGACAGCUUUAAGUGUCAGUUUCUCUCUCUCUCUUUUUUUUUUUAAACUUAAUCCCAAAUGUGAUAGUAAGUCUCAGUUUCUUGAUCUGAAAAACAAAUUAUUCAACGAGAGUCGGUGUGAAAACUUGAAAGUUUUUAAAGCCACCGCCUGGCUCAGGAAAGUCCUCAGCUUUAGCGGUUAUUAGCUAUGAUAAUUAUUGUGUUGGCUACACGUGCAUUAAUGAGGCAGGAAAAUGCUCAGGGACAACAAUGAAGAAUCCUAAUGAUCUCAUCGGACCGGGAGGGAGGCCUAUGUGUCCAUGCUCAUGUUUCAGCUCAGAGCCGUUUGUCUAGAAGGCUCUUGAACUCAGAGACCCAGGCACUAUCAAGUUGACUUUGCUGUGGAGCCCGCACUUUUGUUGAUCAAUGAAAUUGACAUAAUGCUUGUUUUUUUUUUUUUUUGCACCAACCAUGUGCCUAGAGUUACUUGUGUCAAGAGGAGCAUGCUUCAGUUGGCUGGAGUGAGCAAUUCAUCUUGUGGAGGAAUGAGAAAUGUUAGUGCUGAGACAAGAAACAGAAAACCCCAGGGUAAGGGCAGCAAAGCCGAGGAGAAUGGCUCCGACAGCUUCAUGCACUCCAUGGACUCACAGCUGGAGCGGCAAAUGGAAACCACCCAGAACCUGGAGAACUCCUAUAUGGCCAUUGUCAACAACACCAUGUGGGACCUCACGACCAAGGAGUUCAUCUUCUUGGAGCUGCUGUCCACCCUGGCAUCCUGAAAUUGAACCUGCAGGACAACCAGGAGUCCUGUCCCUGUACUCGUGUGGGGACCAGAACACGCUGAUGGAGGAGUCAGCAGACCAGGCACAGUGGUGCGCUGAGAUGCUGUGCAUGCACCACAUGCUGAAGGAGGCGCUCAGCGUCAUCGGCGACAUCAACAAGGCCACCAUCAGCACGCCCACGUGGUCUGUGGACAACUCCUGGCUGCAGGUGCCGAGAGUCCUUGCCGGACGCAGGUACGAUGGCCGGCCCCCAAGGCCCCAAAGUCCCCCAGGCCCCAUGGCUGAGCCUGGGGCUCUUGGAACAGGCUCUGUGCCCAAGCUGACAGACGUGGGUGCUCUCUGGAACCAUCAGAAAGCUCAUGGUUUAUGGUGUAAGGGCUGAGAGCUGGGAGGGGGUUGUGUGUGGGGCUGCACUCUGAGGCGGCCAGAGGCCUAGGAAUGUCAUCCUGGGCACGCCGUACCUGUUGUGCAGUCUGAGUCAUGCUGCCAGGGCAGAGUAUCCAGCUCCCAGCCUGGGAGUGCUGAGAGCCAAAUCCACUGCAGAGGAGGGGUGAGAGUCAGGGUCCCACCUCCUCUAUCUGUCGGCAAUCCAGUUGUGAUCUAGGAUAAAACCUCGAGAGUCCCAUACACACGGUCAACCCAGAACACACCUCACAGGCCAGGUAGGGACACACAGCCCCCUUCUCUCCCUCCCAGGUCCCAUCAUAGCUGCCAGCGUGUGAGGGAAGGCAGGGUCCCUGGUCCCCGCUGAAGCACUAUCUCAGGCUAGCAGGCUCACGCACCAUGGCCUGUUGCUCCUAGAGGUCGCCUCUGCUAUUCAGCCAAGGGGACCACAGUGCCUGGUGUCCUGGCUGAGCUCUGCCCGGCAAGCCCACCCACCUCCCCUGCCAUGGACUCUCCCUCUUCUGCUUUUCCCAACAGGAAGGGCCCAGCCUCACUUACACGACCUGCAACCCCCAACAAGCUGAGGCUCCCCUAUUAGACUUAUAAGCUAUAGCCAGUGGCAUCCGGCUGCCUGCCCUCCCUGCCUCCCCCAGGGUCCCUUCAGAGGAUCCUGGGCCUUCUGACUGCCCAGAGGGUUCUCCGGCGAUCACUUCAGCCAUCCAUCCCUUUUAGCUUCAUCAUUCCUGGUUCAAGCAGUGUUCCUUCUCUGUCAGGCCUGGUGGCUGUUGCGUUGGGCUCCCCAAGGCGAGAGGUGGCCCCAGAUCAGUCGGUUGGAAGACAGGGUGACCAGAGAAGAGGGAAGCCCGAGGAGGCUGAGCACUGGUCUGACCGGUGGGUGCAUUACCUGGGUGCCGUGGAUGAGGCCAGCGUGAGUGGGGUGGGGAGGGCCGCCACAGCUCCCAGGCUGUGGUUCCAGGAACCUUGACACGCCCACACCUGUGCCUGGCCCUCCCACAACAGCUGUGGCACAUCUGUGCUCUGCACUUGCCUCACCAGCUCUCUGCUCACUUUUCUCCCUCCUGUUUUCUCUCUGCUUUCUCUCCAACUGCCAGCCGACCGGGUCCGGCAAGUCCAUUCCAUCCUGAGAGCCCCAGGCCCUCCUUCGACCUCUAAAUAGUUCCCCCCUCUUCUCAGAGACCUCCCUUUCCAAGCCUGCCUGGGCGGCUGUUCUGUGAUUUGACAGUGGCUCCCCCGGCCCCAAAGCCAGCCCCCUUCAUCUGUGACUUGGUCUGGUGUAGUGGUGA